AUGGUCAAAGUUGAAAGAAAAAAAGAAUUAUUGAAAUGGUUUCAAUAUGGUAGAAUUAAAAAUGAUAUUUCAUAUUCAAUAUUAAUGAAAAAGACUGGUGGCAAUGGAAAAGGAUUUUUAGAUAGAUAUUUUGUUAUUCAUCGAAAUUAUGUUCUCUAUUAUAAACCAGGUAAAACUGAUGGAAAACCAGAAGAAACACAAGAACCUCAAGGAUAUAUUAAUCUUGGAGAAUGUAUAUUAGACGAAACAAAAACUCUUUAUAAAAUCACGCCAUUGACAUUUCAAAUAUCAACGAAAAUCGGACGGUCCUAUCUCAUCAAAGGAAAGGAUGAACGAACAAUCGAACAAUUUUUACAGUUGGUCCGUCCAAGGAUCAAAUCACUCUGCUCCAUCACUAUACAAAGUUUAGGAAAUAUAGACGAAAAAUUAAAAACAAUAUCAACUCUACUACCAAGAACAAUGAAAUUACCAGAUAGAGUAAAACCAGAUUUAGCAACAAAAUGGAUAUACCUCGAGCAGAAACAAACGUUCCAACAACACAUUGACCUCUUUUCACGGGUGCCAUCACGUCACUCGAUUGUUUUUGCUGAUGGUACUGAAGGAACCGUACUAGCAACCCCUUUCCAACAACAACAACAAAAGACCGACGACCAACAACAAAAUGGUGCCGCUUCAGCUGACGAUGACAACGAUAACAACUACAACAAAUCACUCGAUAUUGUAAAAUGGGGAUUCGAAGGCAAUUUAUCAAAGAGAAUGAAUCGAAAGAAUAACAAGACUACUACUGGAGUUGUUUUGAAUAAGACGAAACCAACAACAACAACAACAAUAGUAGUACCACCAACAAAGAAUAAUAAGAAAACAAAAGAGGUUGUAAAAGAUGAAUCAUUAGAUCAAAGUGACAACGACGACAGCUUCAAUAGUGAAGACUUUGAUAGCGAAGAUUUUGAUAACGAUGGUGAUGAAGAUUCAUUCAACAGUGAAGAUUAUGAUCAACAAGAAGAAACAUUAUCUUCUAAAGUAAAGAAUAACAGCAAGAGUAACAACACCAACAAGAAGAUCAGUACUACUGCUAAAUACUCAUCACCUUAUAAAUUGGUUGGAGUUGAUUUGGAUGAAGAUUACCAAUUUUCAGAUGACGAUGAAGAUGAAGAAGAUAUACUAUUUGAUAGAUCAAAAGACUAUACUGAUGAAUUAAACAAAUAUGUACAAGAAUAUGAAAAUAUGGUCAAUGGAAAGAGUGGAGGAAAGAAUGCAAAAUUUACAACUGGAAAGACUACUACUACUCCUACUGCGGUAGCCAAUGUUGUUCCCGUUGUUGAAAAGAAGAAACAACAACAAACAAAAGAAAAGAUAACAAAACCAAUAGUACAACAACAACAAAAACAACAACAACAACAAAAACAAGAAACUAAAAUAUUAAAAAGAAAACAAGAGGAAGAGGAAGUAGAAGAGGAGAUCAAUGAAGAAAGUGAUCAAGAAGAAGAAGAAGAAGAAGAAGAAAAGGAAGAAAUUAAACCUACAGUCCAAAAGAAAGUAACAGACAGUAAAAAGAAAUCAAAGAAUUUAAAGAGAUUAAAAAAUAGAAUCAAGAAAAGAAAGAUGGAAAAAUCAGAAGGAUCAGAUGAUGAUAACGACUCUGAUAAUGAUGAUUCUGAUGAUAAUUCAAAGAAUACAAAGAAUACCAAUAAUAAUAAUAAGAAACAACAAAUUAAAUUACCAUCAAAAAUUGAAGAUAUGACAAAUGAUCAAAGAUUAGAAUAUAUGAAAAGAAGAUCAAAUAUCAAAGAAGUAAAGAAUAUGAAACAGAUUGAAGAUGAAAUUGACAAGAAGAAAAAUAAAAUGGAAUCUGUAUUUAUUGGAUCGUUGAAUGCCCAAGUAGAGGAACCAGAGAAAAAGGUGGUCAAGAAAAAGAGAAUGGGACAAGCUGCAAGAAGACAGUUGGCUGAAAAAUUAUUUGGUGAUAAUGCAAAAUGGAAACAACAAGAAAAUAAUAAUAAUAAUGAUAAUAAUAAUAAUAAUAAGAGUAACAAUAAUAAUACUAAUAAGGAAGGAGAACAAAACGAAGAAAAAUUACAUCCUUCUUGGAAAGCAAAAUUACAAAGUAAAGAGAGACUUGCUUCAUUGUCUGCACCUAUCAAUAAUGCCAAUGAUAUUGUCACAUUUGAUGAUUAG